AUGGGAUUAGAUAUAGGACCAUUGGCAAUACAAAAGUUAAACAGUUUUAUGAAGGACUUUAUAACAAAACACGCACCAAAGAGUAAUCAAAAAUUACUGCGAAGAAACUCUAAAGAAGAAUCAUCUCGAAGAAACUCUAAAAGAACGUUAUUAGCUAAAACUUAUAAUAUGCAAAGCAGUUCUGAUGAAUCUGACUGUU